CAUCCCGUUCAGUCAGAACUACCGAAGCAGAGACUGAUAUUCAAACAUUGGUGUUAGCUGUCAGAUCGGUUGAAUCUGAAAGUUUAAGGAAGUCUCAUUUCGAUGAAAGUAACAUGUUCGGUGCUGUUCAGGCCUGCUUGUUCCGAAUGACUUCCCUAUUGGUCAUGCGAACAUCGAACAUAGCCAGCGAUGCAGGUCAACAGCUUGUGCACAUUGACUCCACGGACCCCGAUGAGGACACAGACUUAACUCAAGUGGAGUCUGCAGAUGAUGAAGCUGGAGAGAAGCAACCUGUUCGAGCCAUUCGUCGAAAGCUGCGCCGACGAAGAUUUACAAUGCGGACUGAUGAUACCGGGAAAAUACAAGUGG